CUUCCGGAGGAGUUGAGGCAGCGUGAAAGCUAGUAAGUUUAAUUCCUAAAAAGGAAAGGAAUAAAGAGGAAAAGAAAAAGGAAGAAAGUGAGUUGCUAACUUAGAUCACUCAUUAUCAGCUUAAAAGCUAGCUUUUCCUCUACAGCUUAAAACCUGUGGAGAUCCCCCUCAUCGCUCAAUUCCAAAACCCUAGUAAGAUUUUAAUUUUCAGUUUUAUGUUAAUAAAAGCAUGUCGCCUUUUUUUGGGAGAUCGUAAACCCCCCUUAAAGAUACGCUUGAAAACAUUCAAUUUUGAGGUUUACUUUUAAUUUUUGCUAAAUCUAGGAAGAUUUUUCUUGCUUCAAGGAUGUGAUCUGAUGGUGAACUUGGAAAUUUGUGCAUGUUUUUGUUGGAAAUGGUUAGGGAUUUCUGUUUUGGGGAUUAUGGGCUUGGGCUUGGGUUCUUUUUCACGGAUUGUUGCGCAAGUUGGUGGUGAGUGACUUGGUUUCUAGUUGAGAUUCUUGCGCUCAUAGCGGAUCUUUUCUUCUAAUCUACUAUUUAUUGUCGUUUCUGAUGGAAGUUGUGUAAAAUUGGGGAACAAAUUGGUGUGAGGCUCGAAUUUCGUAUCAUUUCACUUCGACGCUGAGAUCGCGGAAGUAAUGGCGUAUAGGCGUAGCAUCAUAGCUAGAACUAAGUUGUUUUAUCAACAGCACCAGCGAUUUGCCCCUUCUUUUUCACAUAUGAGUGGUAGCGAUCGCGACGAAUUGCCUGUUAAAAGCAUUAACAGGAAUACUGAGAUCCGAAGCCAUUUUCGGAUUACCGGAAACAUUGCCAGCAAUUCCCUGCUACCAGGAAGUGUCUCUCGACUCAUGCGAUCUGAGUUUCGAACAGGCUAUGGGCUGAAUUUCCAGAGAAAUAUGUCGAAGUUGCCUUCGGACAUUGAGGGUCUACAUGACGCUGGGGAUCUGCAUGGUGCGAUCAGUGCUGUGGGGGAGAGGGCUGUGGAGGUAGCUCCGGUGGUGAAUGAAGCGGCCGUUGCAGCAGCAGAUUCAAUCAACUACCUGAACUUGAUUGAAGUUUUACAUUGUUGCGCUGGAUUGGAAUGGUGGGCAUCAAUUGCUGCUACAACUCUUUUGAUGCGUUUCAUUCUUGUUCCUUCUCAAAUAUAUUUCCUGCAAUUCUGUUCCAAAAAUUUCACAGCUAUUCAAAAACAUGUAAAUGAUUUUGGAACCUCUGGUUUUUCGAUUGAGAAUAUUGAAAAAGAUGAAGCUUGGAUUAAAGUGGCGAGCAGUUACGACAAAUUACAUUGGAGGGGAUUGAUGGCAUCAUUAAUAUCGGGGAUCUGCUUUUACGUAUGGGUUUCAUACAUGGCAAACAAUGUUCCCUCUUUCGCUACAGGUGGAACUUUAUGGUUUACGGAUUUAACAGCUUGUGAUGGCACGGAUCUCCCAAUCCUUAUGGCAUUGACAUUGUGGAUUAGGUUGCAGUUGCUCCCGAUUGGUUAUCUAGAAGGCAGGUCACCUUCCACGUUUAUAAACAUAUUGGUAGCUGUUUCAGCAUACCUUGCCGCUGUCGCGGGAGGGUUCCCCACGGCUGUAUACUGUUAUUGGUUGACCAGCAACCUCUUUUCAAUAGCAUUUGGAGCUGUGAUGAUGGAUCCUCGAGUUCAGAAAUUGGUGGGGAUAUCAUAUAAACCAUCUGAAGCUGAUAAAUAGACAAGUACUGAAAUUAGCUUUGUUAUUUUGUGGUUCAAAUAAUAGUCAUAUGGAUUCAGAGGUUAGGAUUUUGGAGCAUGAGCUGCAGCUGCAUUUGGCCCAAAAUUUUAUUGUUGAAAAAUCAUUACCAGUUUGUGUUUCAUCAAUUUGAUAUAGAUUGUUGAUGCUUAA